UCAGUUGCCAACAUGGCGGCGGUGGAUGUCAUUGUGGACAACUUAGUGACUCUGUGGAGGAUACCAGCCGUCCGACAGAACUUCCCCUGGAUAUUCUUACUGAUUUCAGCGGUGGGGUCGAUCCUGAAAGAGCUGGAGCUCGUGCCGCAGACUUAUUUCAGCAGCAGCAGGAAUGCCCUGAAUGUGUAUUUUGUCAAAGUGUCCUGGGGAUGGACGUUGCUUCUGCUGACUCCCUUCCUCCUCCUCUCCAACUCCUCCUUCAGCAGGAAUGUGUCCUUCCUCAGCCGGCGGCUGCUCUCUCUGGUAGUGGCCACAGCCAUCUGGUAUGUCUGCACAGAGACCUUCUUCUACAUCGAGGAUGCGACCGGCUUGUGUUAUGAAUCUGGAACGAUGGAAGUUAUUCAGCCAGAGUUCAUUUCGAAAGCCACCUGCAGGCGGGCUGGCUUCCAUUGGCAUGGCUACGACAUCUCAGGACACUCCUUCAUCCUGGCCUACUCUGCCCUCUUCAUCGUGGAGGAGACGGCCCCCAUGGCCUCUUUGAAGCCAGCCAGCCUCUCUGCACUUCCCAGGAUGGUCCUCAGCCUGCUGUACGUGGCCUUGAAUCUGAUCGUGAUCAUUUGGGUGUGGAUGUUUGCCUGCACCUCUGUGUACUUCCAUGACCCCUCACACAAGUUGCUUGGGACCAUUUGUGGCCUCCUGGCGUGGCAUCUGACGUAUCGGGUUUGGUAUUUAAAACCUUUGUCACCCGGACUCCCCCCUCAGCGUCACCCAAAAGAACAGAAGGAACAUGCCUAAGCUACAGCCAUACUUUCCUGUACAGCGUGGUUGCUAAAGUAACAGCCAUCCUCCAACACCACACUACAGUUGACGUUAUCUGUCCACGGGUCCAAGCUAACUGAAGCUAUUUUAAGUUAUUCCCUCCUCACAGAGGGCUCAUUUUGUACAGGAUGACUUGGCUUGCAGAUCCUUCACAGUGUUUGGCAGCUGCUGUUCCCAAAAUGACUCUUGGUAAUCUGAGACAAAAGCAAGACACUGCUCUGCUGCCUAGCUUCAGCCUCUCACCUUCAGCCUCCGAGGCUUGCAUGCUACACUGUUUGUCUCUUAGUUUGUUGCCUUAAAGUGCUUAACUCAUAGGAAUCAAAGGUUUUGAGUGGGAACACUUAAGAAUGUUUACAGCUCCAGUUUGAUAGCACUGACAAUAUGUAAACACUCAGACCAAUGUAUAGUAGCUUCAGUGUUUUUUUAAGAGACCUCAGUCACAUCAAAGUGAGACACUAGUGGGCCCACAUUUCAUCCUACUUGUUGGAUUUAAAUGGGCUGUCCAUUCAUUAUAAACAUGGUUUGAGGUUAGCAUUUUUAUUGUGUGUCAUCAUUAUAUGUUAAGUUUGCUUAGAAACUGUGGUGCCUGAAUAGCAGAUUUAUCUAUGAUUUUAACUUAUUAUCUUCUGAAAGGUUUGACACUUAUUUAAAUUAGUAAAAAACAUAUCAAUCCCA